AAAAAGCUUUUUCAAUGGCAUUUGUGAACGGUUAACGAUGGGGUUGCAUUUAAUUCCACGGGCGUAAAUUCAAAUCUGUGGCGGUUCCUCUAAAGUGAAUUUGUAGUGAUAAAGCAAAAUCAGCAAGCAAGUGAAGAUCAAUAAUUUUGAAAACGGCUGAUUUCUUGCUGAACGGAAAAAAAUGUCGCACGAUAUGAAAGAGAAAACAGUAGUUAUAGAUGAGGCGCUGGAAAGGACGGGUUUUGGGAAAUUUAAUAUUUUCAUCAUUAUAUUUUCCGGAUUUGUACUCAAUAACGUCGUACUCGAGUCUGUUGGUGUUAGUUUUGCCCUACCGGUCCUAGAAUGUGAUUUACAUUUAACGCACAAGGAGCAGGGCAUAAUAGGUGCUGUAUCCUUUGCCGGUGUUAUUGCGAGUUCACACUUCUGGGGAUUUCUAGCCGACACUACAGGCCGAAAACGCAUAAUGCAACCGGCAUUAAUUUUGGGAUUUAUCGUUACUGUCUUCUCUAGUUUAUCGCCCAAUUUUAUAACGUUCGCUAUUUUGCGAUUUUUAAACGGGAUAUUGCUUUCUGCUGGUUCCGCCACAAUUUUCGCCUACCUCGGAGAGUUUCAUUGUCAAAAGCAUCGUAAUCGCGCCAUACUCUGUGGCGCUUUAAUAAGUGCAAUAGUCUCAAUUUUUUUCCCCAUCAUCGCUUGGGUUUUCAUCAACCAAAAUUGGGAAUUUCAUGUGCCAUUCAUCAAUAUUGUUUUCAAACCAUGGCGUUCCUACUUCCUUGCUUGUGGUCUGCCAGGAUUUCUUUGCGGUAUUACACUAUUUUUCCUGCCAGAGAGUCCAAAAUUUUUACUAUCUGCUGGUAAGCCAGAAGAAGCUAUUGAGGUGUUAAAACGUAUGCACCGAAUAAAUCUUAUGAACAAGGAACCGCAAACGGAGUUUAUGAUUACAUCCCUGCUGCCCGACGCUGAUACGCCAAUGUCAAAGAUGAAAGGCGUAGGAAAGGAUACAAAUCUUCUUGUAUACAUUAUGCAAUCAAUGUGGCAUCAAACUGCACCACUGUUUAAGCGCGAGCACAUUAGGAAAACAUUUUUGUCUAGUCUCAUAUUGUACAUAAUAUUUUUUAGCGCCCAUGGCGUAUACAUGUGGUUCCCGUACAUUCUGAAUAAUGCAAUGCUGUACACAGAAAAAUAUGAAGAACCGAAACGCCUUUGUGAUAUCAUUAAAUUUGUACAAUCGGGAAAUCUGACGAUUGUUGAGGAUGACAAUGCUGAAGUUUGCUCCAUGCACUUGGAAAUUUCCACAUAUCUACAUACGAUAUUUCUGGAAGUAAUUUAUGUAUCUCUGCUGUUAAUCAUAAUGUAUGUUAUUGGUAAACUCGGACGGAAGCCAAUGCUCUUUGUUAUCCUAUUCGUAUGUGGAGCAUGCGGCAUUCUAGCAUUUUCUAUUCAAGUGCCGCUGUUAGCAAUUUAUCUGUUUGUCAUUGAACUUUGCUGUGGCUUGGGCAUCACCGUGGUCAAUGCAAUAGUUGUGGAAAUUUUCCCAACAAAUUUAAGGGCAAUGGCCGUUUGUAUAUCUCUUAUGAUCGGACGUAUUGGCAGCGUCACUGGAUCCAAUAUUUUGGGUGUUCUCAUCGAAACACAUUGCGAGCUGGCACUUUAUGGUCCAUCAGUGGCGCUUAUUGUUGCUGGCGCUUUAGGUUUUCUUCUCCCUAAAGCAAACAAUGUAAUAAAACCUAAAGAUCAAGACAAUACUCCAUAAUGUACAAGAAGCAAAUAUAAAGUAUUCAUAAUAUUUAACAAGCAAAGGAAAUUUCCUCUUUUCAAAAAAAAA